AUGGAUUUAAAUAAUUUCGGAAACGCUGUGCUGUUCACGUUCCACAUCAUCUUCUGCAUGUUGAAAGCAUGCUUGGGGUUGUUGCUCCCGAGCAGACGGAAAGACCUUCGCGGAGAGGUGGUAUUGAUCACCGGCGGUGGACGGGGCAUCGGUCGGCAUUUGGGGAAAGAGUUUGCAAAAUAUGGAGCAAAAAAGUUGAUCCUGUGGGGCCGCACUGAGAGGUGUCUGAUGGAGACCUGCGAGGAGAUCUCUCUCACCACCGGAGCCGAGUGCCAUUACUUCCUGUGUGACGUGGCCAAUCGGGAGGAGGUGUACAAGCAGGCCAAGGUGGUCCGAGAGAAGGUGGGCGACGUCACCAUUCUCGUGAAUAAUGCAGCAGUGGUUCAUGGGAAGAGUCUGAUGGCCAGUGACGAUGAUGCUCUGAUGAAGACUCAACACAUCAACACGCUGGGCCAGUUCUGGACCACCAAAGCCUUCCUACCCCGCAUGCUAGAGCUUUGCCAUGGCCAUGUGGUGUGUAUCAACUCCAUCCUGUCCCUGUCCUGCAUCCCGGGAGCCAUAGAUUAUUGCACCUCCAAGGCCUCGUCCCUGGCGUUCAUGGAGAGCCUCACCCUCGGCCUGCUGGACUGCCCCGGGGUGGGCUGCACCACCGUGCUCCCCUUCCACACCAACACUGACAUGUUCCAGGGCAUGAGAGUCAGGUUCCCUCAGCUCUUCCGCCCGCUAAAUCCUGAGCUGGUGGCCCAGCGGACAGUGGACGCAGUCCGGACCAACACUCCGUUCAUCUACUUACCUUGGACCAUGCAUGCUCUCGUUAUUCUCAAGAGCUUCCUGCCUCAGGCAGCUCUGGAGGAGAUCCAGCGUUUCUCAGGGUGCUACACCUGCAUGGACACCUUCAAGGGACGUACAUAAGAACGGAGAGGCUACACACGAGUAGUGAGCAUCAGAAGCACAAACAUUGUGGCUUGGCACUAAGAACCGCACAACAGCUUCCUAUCAAAAGAGUGGAAGUAUCUCCAAGACAACAGAGGCCUUAGGAACUAUGGGUACUUGGGGUCACAGUGCCCUGAUGGUGCAAGAAGAGAUUUGCUGUGGAAUCUUGAAUUGAAUAGUGGUGCUUGGGUUGCCAGAUUGGGUGGCCCCAAACUGAUUCUAUGCUGCUUGGAGUUGGUUGGUGUUUCCUCCAAAGCCUUUCAGUUUGGGAUCAUGGACUAAGCACCAGAUGGACUGGUAUUCAGAACUGAUCAAGCCUUACCACUGUGGUUAACUUCCCACCUGUCUUACUAAUGAUACCAUUACUAAUUUGAAAAUGCACAGAGAUUAGGUUGAAUGGAUUGUACUCAGUAUGUUAACAAACCAGUAACUUCUGGUAGUUGCAUUUCAUUUGUGACUUCUUAGAGUUUUUGUGUAAAGAAAAAACUGGUGUUAAAUCUGUGUGAACAAUAGUCAUAUUUUGGGGGAUUUACCACUUGACAGUAUUGUGAAUAUGCUCUCUUGUGUGUGUUUGCGCAGAUCCAGUCUUCUCUGAGUUUUUUUUGUUUUUGUUUUUUUUUGUCUGCCAAAGACUCCAGCCUUCUCAUGGUCAACAUUCCUGUGCUGCAGCCCUGCCAAUUGUGAGCUCAUUGUUCGUUUUGUAAGGGUUGUCAUAACACGGUCUCUGCUCCAUAGGAAAGUAUAUCGGAGAAGCUCCUUCCAUUUGAAGACCCAUAGAAAUGGUUUCAGAGGGAGGCAACAUUCUCAGAUUCAUCAUUCAUCUGACACAUGGGACAACAUUUAUUUGAUCCUAUACUGUGCCUACUGAACACACUUGUUGGUACCCUCUUUAUCUGUCACUCUCGGCUCUGUCUUUUAAUCUUCUUUAGUAUGGUUAUCAAUCUGGAACACAGAGACAGCUGGAGAAUCAUACCUGGCCUGGUGGGCUCUAUUGUCCAAUAUCAGUUUGCCCACAUUAUGUUGAACUUCGGGUUAUCUAGGGUUACGGUGGUUAUUAUGGUUAGCAUCUUAAGUAGGCGUAGAUAUUGAACAUUCAAACCUGAUGUAUCUUGAUCAAAGAAUUCCUGAAUGGGAGAAAGUUUUGAUAAAACUAACUCACUUGGACACAUUUAGUGCACCAAAGCAAGGGAGGCGCAAUCCUACUACUCUGGUCAAUAAAAUAUAACAGUGAUUAUUUGUUUUAGACCAGAAAUGUUUCAGAAUGGAAUCCUGAAUGUAAUGGUCCAGCCAAUGAUGUAUAUACACCCUGGAUUGCAGAUGCUAUGUAAUAGCCAAUGGGAGGCUUUGAAGCCACCAGUCGGCCAUAUUGGCACUCCCCAGUCGGAGCAGCCCUCCAUAGG